CUCCGGCUCGCGUCUUUCAUUGGCCGGCUGGGCGCCGUCCUGCCACCGCCCCAACAUGGCAGCCCCGCGCUGCUUGGGGUGGCCGCUGUCACCGCUGUGGAGAUUGCGGCAGGUCCCGGGGUUGCCACCAAGUUCAGCCGCGGGCUUGUACUCGCGAGUGAGGACUUACUCCCGGACCGCCCUCUAUGAACUGCUGGGCGUCCCGUCCACGGCCACGCAGGCCCAGAUCAAGGCGGCGUACUACCGGCAGAGCUUCCUCUACCACCCCGAUCGCAAUCCCGGGAGCACCGCGGCCGCCGAGCGCUUCACGCGCAUCUCCGAGGCUUAUCUGGUCCUGGGCAGCAGCGUCCUCCGCCGCAAGUAUGACCGAGGUCUGCUCAGCGACCAGGACCUGCGCGGACCCGGUGUCAAGCCCUCCAGGACGCCCGCGGCCGAGCCCCCUCCUCCCUAUACCCCUCGUGCUCACGGAGGCUUUCGGGCCUCUCCCGGGGACGGCCGCACUAUGUUCGACUUCGACGCCUUCUACCAGGCGCACUACGGAGAACAACUAGAGAGAGAGCGGCGUCUGCGCGCCCGGAGGGAAGCCCUUCGCAAAAAGCAGGAGGAAGGGGCCAACAAGGGUCUCCCCUGGGACGACACCAGAGAUGCCGCCUUUUUUGUCGUCCUUUUCCUUAUCUUCGUCUUCGUCGGCUUUCGUAUUUAAUCCGAGGAAAGGUGGGAAGAGGAGUCAGCCCCCAAAGCUUGCCUUUCUUGACCUUUGAACGUAUUGAUCUUGGGUUGACUUGACCAUCUCUACUGGCGUCCUCUUGAUCCUCCGAGCACCCUCCAGCCUGGCCGGUGAUCAACAUAGUCCUCUCCUGUGGUCCAGGAGAAGGGGCUCUUCGGUGGCCAAGAAAGAGGCCCCAGGAAAAAGAGUGCCAUAAAGCAGAAAUUGAAGUGCUUUCCGAGACUCCUGGGUGUCUGCUUAUUUCUAGACGUUGCCUUCCAGGUGUCAACCCCGCCCGAACACUUGUUCUGGUUUUAGCCGGAAGCCCUGAGCAAGGUUUGUCCCCUGCCACGCGUGUUUGUACCAUGGUGGGGCCCUUCUUCUGUAACCUUUGAACCGUGAAAUACGACUGGUUGGUUGUCCGAUGCCAAAAAAAUUUAAUUCUUGUGGGCCUUGCACGAAAUUUGUUUUUCUGUGUUAACCCAAGCGACAGGUGAGACUUGAUCAAAUGAUGCAGCAGAUGCCGAAGGUCGGUGAGGGAAUGCUAGCAUGCAGAAGGCACUGGGUUUAGUCCCCUGCUUUGUUGUCUUCGUUGUCAAAGGUUGCCGUUUUUUCCUGAUGACGUUAAAACCACCUCUGUCUUGGGGGAUCGAGAAAACCAAGCCCUUGAGUAUGAAGAAUACGGUUCUGUGCCUAUAUUUAUCUAGGGUGUGACCUUGGGGGAAGGAGCUGUGUGGGCAUAGGAGCCGAAGCCUAAACGAUUUGCUCUUCUGAGGUCUGUCACUAUUACUCAUAUCCUACUCCACAGUGCUGAUGGAGGGUGUUGCUAGCUGGGCCAAGUUCAUCCUAGGCCAGUGUGCCUGUCCUUGGGCUUCCUUUUACUAGCCACUUGCUAAGUGUGCAGCUUGUAACUGAGGAGACUGAGCGUGGCCCUUGCAGCUGCCGUGUUGGUCACAGGUACCACAAAUGAAAUCCUUCUAAAGAGCCUGUUGGAUUGUGUGAGGAAGUCCAGCUGUGGGGUAGCCAGGAGUAGAAGAAGCAAGCUCACUGGUCAAGGUGGAGAUGGAGUCCAGAAUGUAGUGUGGGCAGGUAAUCCAGGGAGGCUGAAGCUGGGGGAUUCUGACCAAUUACACAGCAAGGCCUGUCUUUAAGAGGGUACAAAAUGCUAGGUGUGGUGGCGCACCCACACCUUCAGUUGUAGCACUCAGAAGGCAGAGGCAGGUGGAUCCCAUGAGUUCAGGGCCAGCCUUGUCUAUAUAGUGAGUUUUAGGGCUACACAGUGAGACCUUGUCUUGGAAAACAAAACAAACAAACAAAAAAGAUACAAAAAAAAAAAAAAAAAAAAAGGUUGAAAACCAAGCAUUUUAAUGAGUUUUCUGGGAGGGCUGUCAACUGGAUUUUGCGGAAAUUUUUGAUGUUGUUUUAUUGUUUUUUUGAGGCAGUGUCUAGUAACCUAGGCUGGUUGAGAACUCUCUUAGUGCCUGAUCUUAAACUCCUGAUCCUCCUGCCUGCCUCUACCCUUUUUGUUUUGUUUUGUUUUAUUUUGUUUUGUUUUGUAGACAGGGUUUCUCUGUGUAGCCCUGGCUGUCCUGGAACUCACUCUGUAGACCAGGCUGAACUCAAACUGAGAGAUCCAUUCACCUGCCUCUGCCUCCCAUGUACUAGGAUUAAAGGCAUAUGCCACCAUGUCUGGCUUUCUGCCUUCACCUUCUGAGUCCUGGCAGGACAGAUGUGCAGGACCAUGAUUUCCUCUGAUCCCUGGGUUUUAUUGUGUUGUUUUGUUUCUUACACCAAGCAGCUAGUUGUUAGUUGUGGUCAGAGCUGCAGUGGUCCUGAAGUCUCCUUAAUUCUGAUCCGUAUUGGGAGUGGGCUAGGACAUCGUAAGUAGAGGAGCACACAGGGGCCAUGUAUCAAGCCAAGAGCAUACAGAGCAGCAGACCUCAGGCUGUGUGUGACUUGGUGAUAGAGUACUUCCUUCAAAUGUACAAGGCUGUGGGUUUCACCCCCAGCACCGCACAAACCAGGCUUGGAGGUACUGUCAUCACAGUUGGGAAACAGUAUCAACUACCGAUCACAGGCUGGCCUAGAACUUUCCAUCCUCUGCCUCAGUCUCCCGAGUGCUAGGACUUAAGGCAUGGGUCACAGGGACACAGGAGGCUUUCGGGACCACUGCCACCCAGUGUUUCCUUGGUAACAUUUUAUUCUUCCCACCUCCCAACUACUGAGUUUUCCCUUUCCCUACUUCCUGUGUGCCCUGGCAAGGGAAUAAACUUGGCAGUGGUCAUUAUUCACUGCCUUCUUGGGUUAUUCCUCAGCCCCUGGCAGUGGAGGGAGUGGCUGAAGAAGGGGCUACAAGCCCAGAGCAAGGCUAAGUAAACAGCCCGAGUGGAGCUCAAGUACACAGUCAAGAGACAGGAAUCAGGGCUGGAGAAAGGGCUCAGAGGCUAGGAGCGUGGCUGCUCUCCCAGAGGUCCUGAGUUCAUUCCCAGCAUCCACAUGGUGGCUCACAUCUCUCUAUAAUGAGAUCUAGUGUCCUCUUCUGGUGUGCAGGCAGAACACUGUAUACAUAAUAAAUAAACUUAAAAAAAUUUUUUAAAGAGAAGAUAGGAAUCAGAAAUACAUGCAUCUGGUGAUGUCUUUUUGCCAGACUGGUAAAAUGAAUAAACUGAGUAAAAUGUU